CUCUUUAAUCAGUAAAAUGUAAGAGCAAAUCAAUUUCGAGUUUUGUAUUCAAAUUUCUUCAAUUUUAGGGUUUCAAACUCUGAUUCUAGUGAUCUGAUCUAAUGGAGCCUCCGUUGCAGGAUACGCCAACAAAUUACGGAAGCUCAAACGGGUCUUGGUCUAAUAGUCCUAAAAGGAAGAAAAUGUCGAGUGAUUCAAAAGAAUGCGAUAGUGCAUCAGCCACUAGAAAUCCUUUUGAUGGAACUGAAAAGAAGAAGCGUAAGAUCUCUCCGAAUGUUAUUGAUUUUUCCGACCCAUUUGCAUUCACUAAUAUGCUUGAAACCCAUACUACUGGUGGCAAAUAUGGUAGUGCAACAAAAGAAGUAGAAGCCCUUUUUUCUAGGAAUGCACUUUUGGUGAGCAAAAUGCUUGCUUUGCAUCCUUAUCUUUCUAAUGUGUCAAUGGAUAUCGGAAAAUGCCAGAGGAAAGAGGCUUCAAAGGUGCCAAAUCGACAGCUUGCUCAUUUGUCACGGAAUUUUUUCAUUGACUUGGAGGAUGACUCAGUUAGAAGUGGUAUCACAUCAACAGCGUCACCUGUAGUGGUUCUUGAUUCAGAUAAUGAAGAAAACAAAAAUCCGAGGCCUCUCUGCGCUUUUCAGGAAAUUGUAUUGAAGAAACCAUCUGAGGUGUUACACUCCAAGGAGGAGAAGAUUGGUGUGAUUGAUGUGUUUCAGGUUGGGGAGUGUAUGAGUAAUAAGAGUAAUCCGAAAGAAUAUGUUGGUCUAACCAGUGAAACUGAUCUCAAGAAGGAUGAAGGUGUUUAUCUUGGUGUUGAAGAUGCUGAUACUCAAAGUGAGAAUGGAGAUGAUGGUUUAGGAGAUAUUUGGCAGGAGAUGUCAAUGGCAUUAGAGAUUUCCAAGGAUGGUUUUGAGGAUCUUUCAAGUGAACGGAUGUCAGAUGAUGAGGAUUGCGACCAUUCUUUUGUAUUGAAGGAUGAUAUUGGUUACGUGUGUCGCAUUUGCGGAGUUAUUGAUAGAGGAAUUGAGACCAUAAUUGAGGUCCAGUUUAACAAGGUUAAAAAGAGUACACGCACUUACGCCGUAGAAGGAUGGAAUGCCAAAUAUAGAGGGUCGACUGAAACUGUUGGGAUUAAGUUGUCUGAAGGUGAUCUAACAGUAACUGACAUAGCUGCACAUUCAAGACAUAUGAAGCAAAUGAAACCUCAUCAAUUAGAGGGCUUUAAUUUUCUACUGAGCAAUUUGGUAUCAGAGAACCCUGGGGGCUGCAUCCUGGCCCAUGCACCUGGAUCUGGAAAGACGUUUAUGAUAAUCAACUUCAUGCAAAGUUUCCUAGCCAAAUAUCCACAAGCUAAACCACUAGUAGUUCUUCCGAAAGGUAUCUUGGCUACAUGGAAAAAGGAAUUCCAUACGUGGCAAGUAGAGGAUAUUCAACUGCUUGAUUUUUAUUCUGUGAAAGCUGAGAAUAGGUCUCAGCAAUUAGAGGUGCUGAAGCAGUGGGUUGGGAACAAGAGUAUCCUUCUUCUGGGGUACAAACAGUUUUCUACCAUAAUUUGUGAUGGUGGAAACGGCCAGACUUCCGUUUCUUGCCAGGAGAUACUGCUCAAAGCACCUUCAAUUCUAAUUUUGGAUGAAGGCCACACACCAAGGAAUGAAAAUACCGAUGUGUUACAAUCCCUUGCGAAAGUUCAAACACCUCGAAAAGUUGUACUUUCAGGAACUAUCUAUCAAAAUCAUGUCAAAGAGGUAUUUAACAUAUUGAAUCUUGUUCGGCCAAAGUUUCUCAGGUCAGACUCUUCGAAGUUAAUAAUGAGGAGGGUAAUGAGCAAGGUACAAAUACCUGGUGGGAGGAAACAGUUCAAAGCCGGAGCAGAUGCUGCUUUUUAUGAUUCGGUGGAGCACGCUUUGCAGAAGGAUGAGAAUUUUGAGAGGAAAGUCUCAGUCAUACAUGAUCUACGUGAGAUGACCAGCAAAGUUCUUCAUUACUACAAAGGUGAUUUUUUGGAUGAGCUUCCUGGACCUAUUGAUUUCACUGUUGAACUUGGUCUUAGUCCCAGACAGAUGGAUGAAGUUCAGAAGCUAAAAAGAUAUCAAAGGAGGUUCAAGAUUUCAUCUGUUGGUAGUUCUCUUUAUUUACAUCCUAGACUGGGUUCUUUCUCUGAGAAAUGCGACACGACUGAUGAUAAUAUCAAUGACAAGAUGGAUGAUUUGUUAGACAAAUUAGAUAUCAAAGAAGGAGCCAAAGCAAAGUUCUUUCUUAAUAUGUUAAAUUUAUGUGAAUCAGCCGGUGAGAAGCUCCUUGUUUUUAGUCAGUAUCUAAUCCCCUUAAAUUUUUUAGAGAGAUUAUCUGUGAAAAUGAAGGGUUGGCAUUCAGGAACUGAGAUUUUCUCAAUCACUGGUGAAUCAAGUAAUGAACAAAGGGAGUUGUAUAUGGAUCGCUUCAACAACUCUCCCGAUGCUAGAGUUUUCUUUGGAUCUAUCAAGGCUUGUGGAGAGGGAAUUUCUUUGGUCGGGGCAUCACGAAUUAUAAUCUUGGAUGUUCAUCUUAACCCAUCCGUCACCCGACAAGCCAUAGGCCGUGCAUUUCGACCUGGACAAAAGAAGAAAGUGUAUUCCUAUAGACUGAUAGCAAGUGAUUCUCCUGAAGAGGAGGAUCAUGCUACUUGUUUCAAGAAGGAAUUAAUCGCAAAGAUGUGGUUUGAGUGGAACAAGUAUUCUGGUGACCAAGUGUUUGAUAUGGAAAGUGUUAACAUGAAUGAGUGCAAUGAUCUGUUUUUGGAAAGUCCAUUGUUAAGAGAAGAUAUUAAGUCUCUGUACAAAAGGUAGAUGCCAAGACCGUGGCCAGGCAGCUACCAUGAACACAAGUAAUUUCUCACUUUUUUUGUAGUAAUUCAGUCCACAAUGUAGGUAAGUUUCAUAUGAAAUCAAAUAUUAACCAGCUAUAGAAAUCACCUUCGUUGACAGUUCCAGUUGACUUUUGUA